GCUGCCCAAGUCUUCCCGGUCUCCACGCAACAAUGAAGCGUGGGCGGCCCCAGAAGCUUCAUUUGCAUACUGCCGUGGCGUGGCCAAUGGGCUGCGCAGGGGCUUUGGAACGCAGUGUUGCCAUCUGCGUGCGCGCGUGUGUGCUAGUGUGACAGCGGCUGUGGCUGUGGCCGUGGCCGUGGCCGUGGCCGUGGCCGUGGGAGGCGGGCCCGGCGGAGCCCAGCCGCACGGGGAACGGCCGGGGCGCCUGCCCCCCAGUGCGUCGCGACCGCGUGGCCCGGCCGAGGCCAGAGACCACCUAGCCCCAGCCGGGCGCAGUCGCUAUGUCGAUAACCGGGCUGAAGAAGCAGUUCCACAAAGCCAGCCAGCUCUUUAGUGAAAAAAUAAGUGGUGUUGAAGGAACAAAACUAGAUGAUGAAUUUCUUGACAUGGCAAAGAAAAUAGAUAUUACCAAUAAAGCUGUUGCAGAAAUUCUUUCAAAAGCUACAGAAUAUCUUCAGCCAAAUCCAGCAUACAGAGCUAAGCUGGGAAUGCUCAACACUGUGUCGAAGAUCCGAGGGCAGGUGAAAACCACUGGGUACCCACAGACGGAAGGCUUGCUGGGCGACUGUAUGCUGAAAUAUGGGAAGGAGCUCGGGGAACAGUCCGCAUUUGGCAGUGCACUGAUAGAAGUUGGUGAAGCCAUGAAGCUGAUGGCUGAGGUGAAAGAUUCCCUUGACAUUAAUGUAAAGCAGACGUUUAUUGAUCCGCUUCAGUUAUUACAAGACAAAGAUUUAAAAGAGAUUGGGCAUCACCUGAAAAAGCUGGAAGGCCGCCGCCUGGAUUACGAUUAUAAAAAGAAGCGAGUAGGUAAGAUACCAGAUGAAGAAGUCAGACAAGCAGUAGAAAAAUUUGAAGAGUCAAAGGAGUUGGCUGAAAGAAGCAUGUUUAAUUUUUUAGAAAAUGAUGUAGAACAAGUCAGCCAGUUGGCCGUGUUUAUAGAGGCAGCUUUAGACUAUCACAGACAGUCCACAGAGAUUCUGCAGGAGCUGCAGAGCAAGCUACAGAUGCGAAUAUCAGCUGCAUCCGACAUCCCCAAGCGAGAAUACCAGCCAAGGCCCAUAAAAAGGAGUUCUAGUGAGCUCAAUGGGAUUUCCACUGCCUCUUUAGCAAAGACAGCAGCCUACAGCAGACUGGAAGCAGCAGAGUAGAAGGGCCUGAGGGACUGCUUCGGAAAGGCCCACUGGCAGCAGGAAAAAGUGACAGGUCGCAGCCUGACUACAAGGGAGGAAAGAGAAAAACUAUAAAAAGCAGGAAAAAAAAUUCAAAAGGCACAGCAGUCUUGGGCAUUUAUUAAAAGAACAAAGUGCCCUCUCAGGUUCUAACGUUCCCAUGGACCAACCCUGCUGUCGUGGUCUCUAUGACUUUGAGCCAGAAAACCAAGGAGAACUAGGAUUUAAAGAAGGGGACAUCAUUACAUUGACCAAUCAAAUAGAUGAAAACUGGUAUGAAGGAAUGAUACACGGGGAAUCUGGAUUCUUCCCCAUCAAUUAUGUUGAAGUGAUUGUGCCUUUACCUCAGUAAAUGUGUAACUCGAACUUUGGACAUACUUUCAUAACUGAAAUGAAUUCACACCAAUGCUCUCAGUGUGGUGUUCUGUGACAUCCUUGCUCUUUGACCAGCUUAACGACUUUUGUAUGUGUAUUCUCUUUUUAAUAUAUUUUGUAUCACUUUAAUUUGUAUAAAUGACCUUCUUGUCUUAGCUACAUAAAAAUAUACAGUUUUCUUUUUUGCUUAUUGUUUUGAAAGUCAUUGGUUAAAUGUAUGUGCUUCUUGUUGCUAAAAACAAAUGACACCCGUUGGCGUUAUGUCAGUGGAUUGCUAUAUUCCUCAGCUGCAAUGGUUUUUAAAGGCAAAACUUGAAACUAAGAAAUGCUAAAUAUUUUUUCUUGACAUUACUGAUGGCCUCCAUUUUUUUCCCUUCAGCGUGUUUUGGCUUACCUGAGAAUAGCCCAAUAAAUAUGACAGACUG